AUGCCUUCUUGCUCUUGCUGCUUCACUGGUUGGCAUUUACAUCAACUUGAUGUAAAUAAUGCCUUUCUUCAUGGAGAACUUAAUGAGAAAGUCUAUAUGAAGUUGCCACCGGGUUACAUGGUUAAGGGGGAGUAUAAAGUUUGUAAGCUUACUAGUCUUUGUAUGGACUUAAACAUGCUUCUCGACAAUGACACAAGCUUUCUUGCUCUUUUGGUUUAUGUGGACGAUAUUGUUUUGGCUAGUGAUUAUGUUGAUACUAUCACUCACUUUAUUCAGUUUUUGAAUAAUCAGUUUAAGCUCAAGGAUCUUGAGAUCUUGGAGGAUGCUGGAUUACUUGUUGCCAAGCCUUCUAAGUUUCCUAUGGAAUCUAACUUGAAAUUGUCUCGGCAUAGUGGUGAUCUUCUUGCCAAUCCUGCUAGUUAUAGAAGGCUUGUUGGUCGUUUGCUUUAUCUCACUAUUACUCGCCCGGACAUUUCUUAUUCAGUGCAGAUUUUGAGCCUGUUUAUGGACACUCUUCAGCAACCACACAUGGAUGUAGCCACUCGAGUUCUUAGAUACCUCAAGCAUUCUCCUGGCCAAGAUCUCUUCUAUUCCUCUACUUCAACUUCUCAUCUUAAAGCUUUUUGUGACUUUGACUGGGUUGGAUGUCCUUAUACAAGAAGAUCAAUUAUUGGUUAUUGUGUGUUUUUUGGGGACUCUUUGAUUUUUUUGGAAAUCAAAGAAACAACACACGGUCUCUCAUUCUUCUGCAGAAGCGGCGAACCAAUCUAUGGUAGCCACUACUUGUGA